CGCCGAGCCGGAAGUGGGGACCGGGGAGACAAGAGGAGCCCUCGGAAGGCUCCCGGCCGGGUUCCCUGCAGGAACGGAGAUGGAGAUUAAACGGCUCAGCCUCUCCCUGGUGCUGGUCCUCUUCCUCGUCCUGGCCUUGCAGAUCUUGUCAGCCGUCGAUUUUGACCCGUAUCGGAUCCUGGGCGUCAGCAGGACUGCGAGCCAGGCGGAUAUUAAAAAAGCCUACAAGAGACUCGCCCGGGAAUGGCAUCCGGACAAGAAUAGAGACCCAGGAGCGGAAGACAAGUUUAUACAAAUCAGCAAAGCCUACGAGAUCCUGUCCAACGAGGAGAAACGGUUGAAUUUUGACCGCUAUGGCGAUGUGGGCGAGAACCAGGGCUUCCCGCACCAGCAGCAACAGGCGCCGCACCGCCAUGCGCACCCCUUCCACGAGAGCUUCUACUUUGACGAGUCCUUCUUCCACUUCCCCUUCAACUCGGAGCGCCACCAGGACUCCACCGACGAGAAGUACCUGCUGCAUUUCUCCCACUACGUCAACGAGGUGGUUCCCGAGAGCUUCCGGAAGCCUUACCUGAUCAAGAUCACCUCCGACUGGUGCUUCAGCUGCAUCCACAUCGAGCCUGUCUGGAAGGAGGUGGUGCAGGAGCUGGAGGCGCUGGGCGUGGGGAUCGGCGUCAUCCAUGCGGGCUACGAGCGGCGCCUGGCCCAGCACCUGGGAGCACACAGCACCCCCUCCAUCCUGGGCCUGAUCAACGGGAAGGUCACCUUCUUCCACAACGCGGUCGUCCGGGAGAACCUCCGUCAGUUUGUGGAGAGCCUGCUCCCUGGGGCCCUGGUGGAGAAGAUUACAGACAAGAACUACGUCCGGUUCCUGUCCAACUGGAAGAAGGAAAACAAGCCUCACGUCCUGCUCUUCGACCACAUGCCCCUGGCGCCCCUCCUCUACAAGCUCGCGGCCUUUGCGUACAGAGACUACCUCUCCUUCGGCUACGUGUACGUGGGGCUCCAGGGCACCGAGGGGCUUUCCCGGCAAUACAACAUCAACGUCUACACGCCCACCAUGAUGGUCUUCAAGGAGCAGGUGGAGAAGCCGGCCGACGUCAUCCAGGCCCGGCACAUGAGGAAGCAGCUGAUCGAUGACUUCCUGUCCCAGAACAAAUUCCUCCUGGCCUCCCGCCUGACCAGCCAGAAGCUCUUCCAGGAAUUGUGCCCUGUGAAAAAAUCCCACCGGCAGCACAAGUACUGCGUGGUCCUGGCCACGGGCAAGGGGGAGAAGUACGUGGAGGGCUACGAGGCCUUCCUGGCCUUCGCCGUGGCCAACACGAAGGAGACCCUGCGGUUUGCCCACAUCUACGGCGACUACCAGCCGGACUUUGUCCGCACUCUGCUCCAGGGGGGCGCCUGGUCCCAGGCCAAGUCGGCUGUGCUGAUCCUCGAGAGACGCACCAACGCCGGGCAGGUGGUGUUCAGGGCCCUGGAGGAUCCCUGGACAGGCACUGAGGAGGACACCUUCACCCUGCUGGACUUCCUGGACCAGCUGAGAAUGGACGCCUCCUUCCUCUCCGCCCAGGCUGUCCUGGCGGACCUGACGGACGAGCUGGCGCCUGUUUUCUUCCUCCGGUGGGCCUACUCUGCCGUGGACUACGCCGUGGACUGCUGGGAGAGCCUCUUCCGCAGCAACUGGCGGGAGAUGAUGCCUUUGCUGUCCCUCAUCUUCUCGGCCCUUUUCAUCCUCUUCGGGACGGUGAUCGUGCAGGCGUUCAGCGAUUCGAGUGACGAGAGGGACCUGCCCCCCUCCAAGAAGGAGGACCCUCCCCCCAAGAGCGAGAAGAACGAGACGAGCUUCCCCAAGGAAGACAGGAUCCCCAAGAAGUACUCGGUGAAAGUGACGGAGCUGACGGACCUCACGUACACGAGCAACCUGGUGCGUCUGAGGCCUGGCCACAUCAACGUGGUCCUCAUCCUCUCCAACGCCACCAAGACCCCUCUGCUGCAGAGGUUCGCUCAGGAGGUCUCCCCCUUCGCGGGCAGCUGCCUCCACUUCUCCUUCCUGCGCCAGCUCCACCCCCCGGGUGGGCCGGUUUUUUUUUUUUUUUUUUUUUUUUUUUUUUUCCCCAUCCCCAACCAGUACGACAAGCACUUCCUGGAGCGCGACUACGCUGGCUACGUCCUGGCCCUCAACGGCCACAGGAAGUACUUCUGCCUCUUCCGGCCCCCACAGCCCGAGGAGGGUCCCUGCGAGGACGAGGCAGCCGACCCGGCGGAGGCGUGGGGCAGGCCUUCCUCCUCGGGGAGCCUGCGGGGCGUGAAGAGCAAGCUGCAGCGGCUGUCCUUCUGGAUGGAGCGGCUGCUGGAGGGGUCCCUGCAGAGAUUUUACAUCCCCUCUUGGCCCGCCCUGGACUGAACCCCCAUUAAAGUGCCCCCCCCCCGAAUGGCCGAGAGGCGGCUGCGUUACUGCAGGCUUGGAAGGAGGAGCCCCUGGAGCCCCUCGGGCAUCCGACAGACUGUAGCGUUUAGAUGACCUCUCCUAGGCCCAGUGAGUUAGAAACUGCACUGACUGCUCCCCCCACCCCACCCCGGGUACCAAAUAGCCCGGACUGCCUCAGGGGAGCCCGGGUGGGGUGGGGGAUUUUCCUCUUCCUCUGCCCCCCCCCCCCCCCCCCCCCGCUUCCCCAGCCUUCGAAGGGUCUGCAGGAGCCGCUGCUGCUGCUGCCAGAACUCCUGACGGACGGACUCUCUUACGGCCCGCUGCUCCUUCGAAGAUGGGCUCACUUGCCUCUCCCCCCCCCCCCCCCCCC